AUGGAUCGUCCCUUUCGGAUUAUUGUCGUCGGCGGCGGUGUCGCGGGUCUCGCGGCAUCACAUUGCCUCCAGAAGGCAGGUAUCGACCAUGUCGUCCUGGAGAAACAUGCUGAAGUGGCGCCAGCUGAGGGCGCCAGCAUCACCAUCUAUCCACACGUAGUGCGCAUUCUGCACCAGCUAGGCUGUCUCGAGGCUAUCGCCCAGUGCGGCGUACCUCACGACAGGGCGUGGACUCGACGAUCAGAUGGGAGCAUCGCAGGAAACAGUGGCCUCUUCAACUACCUGAAAGAAAAUCACGGCUACGAUGUUCUCCCUCUGGAAAGGCGCGAGUUCCUGCGGGUUCUGUACGAGACCCUGCCGAACAAGAACCUAGUCCGGACGGGCUCGGCUAUACAACAAAUCAAGCAUCUCGACGACAAGGUUGAAGUUACCCUGCGAGAUGGCUCGGUUGAGACGGGUGACAUGGUGCUUGGCUGUGAUGGCGUCCACAGUACAGUGCGGUCCCUGAUGUGGCAGUAUGCCGAGCAGACCGCACCUGGACUCAUCACGGAAGCGGAGAAGAAUGCCUUCGUGACAUACUGGAAAUGUCUCAUUGGCAUUGGACCUCCUCCAGAUAAGUCGGUGGGGGGUAAGAACAUGAGUGAUUUCACCCUCGUCCACGACACGCGGUACUCGUUUCUCGUCCUGGCCCAACCUCACUGCACCUUCUUCUUCGUGCUUUUCUUUCUCAACAAGCCCUUUCCUGCACACCAGCGCGUGCGCUACACGGAGCAGGAUGCCGAGGCUUUGGCCGCUACCGUUGCGGAUCACCCCCUAUCCGAAUCUUGGGUCUUUGGCGACCUUUGGAACAACCGUUCCCGCGGCGCGCUAAUCUCACUCGAGGAGGGUGUCCUUGAACACUGGCAUCAUGAGCGCAUCGUGCUGGCCGGAGACGCGGUGCACAAGAUGACGCCCAACAUUGCUCUCGGCGGCAAUACAGCCAUUGAAGACGUGGUGGUCUUGUGCAACCACGUGCAUCGCAUGCUACAGCGGCAAGGGGGCACAAGGCCAGAUUUGUCGACACUGAACCAUAUGUUUGCCGCAUACCAAACAGAGCGACUGGAUCGCACCAAGUUCAUCACCAACAUUUCAGGCAUGGCGAGCCGCGCACAGGCCCAGACCUCGCCUCUCUACAAGCUUGCGGCGUGGUUGAUGCCGCGCUUGCCAGACCGUGGAGCCUCAGACCAGUUGGCUGGCUUGAUCAAGGCCGCCCCAAAGGUCGAAUUCGUUCCCGUUCAAGACUUUGCUCCCGCACGCGUGCCAUGGGAAGAUCGGAAGGAAACGGGUCAACAGCAGAAAGGGAGGCAGGAUGGCUCCAGCAGCCUUUGGCAAAGCCCAUGGCAGCUGUUGACAUUGGGAGCGACUCUGGGUGUUGCAACGAUUGUUCUCACGACACGAUGGGCCCAGGUUCUUCCAGUGCUACCUGGGGCAUUGAGCAACGAUUCUAUUUCAUAG